UUCAUAAUUCCCAACUAACCCCAUCUCUCUCCUCCUUUCACAAAUUCAACUCCGAAACACACACAAAACUAUUUCAUUACAUCUCCAAUCUCCAUUUUCAUCGCCCCACCCACUUAACAAAAUCCAAUGGACCGCAGUUUUCUUUACAAGGAAUUCGCCCCACUCGCCGGAAUGAUUGCCGCCGAGUGCGCGACCGUCGGCUCAAACACCGUCUACAAAGCCAUUUCCGGCCACCAAAUCAGCUUCUAUGUCUUCACCUUCUACACUUGUCUCGCUGCCGCUCUCAUCCUUCUUCCUUUCGCCUUAAUCUUCCGCAGAUCUGGAGUUUUUCCGUCCGAGAAGUUGUCGUUCUUGUUAAGAUUGAUUAGCUUAUCAGCGAUGGGAGUUGGAUGUCAACUAUUUUCGUAUAAAGGAUUGGAGUAUAGUUCGCCAACGCUUGCUUCCGCCAUUAGUAAUCUAAUUCCAGCUCUUACUUUCAUCUUGGCCGUUCUCUUCGGGAUGGAGAAAGUAGCUUUGAGAAGCUCAAGCAGCAUAGCCAAGAUCGUUGGCUCAACGGUCUCCAUAACAGGUGCACUUGUAGUGGUUCUUUAUAAAGGUCCAAUCAUUCUACCAAACCUAUUUUCUAGUCCAACAAGAUUGAAUCUUCCUCCUCCUCCCUUGGGCUCUUCCCAACCAAAUUGGAUUUUGGGUGGCCUCUGCUUUUUUGUUCAGUACCUUCUCAACUCUUUCUGGUACAUUGUUCUGACCCAAACAUUGAAUAUGUAUCCAGAUGAACUAGUUGUGGUGUGUUUAUUCUAUGUUUUCGAGGUUAUAAUAGCUGCACCAAUAUGCCUAUUAGCAGAAAGAAACAUGAGUGCUUGGAAGCUGAAAAAUAGUAUGGAAGUGGUUGCUGUUUUAAACUCGGGAUGUGUAGGUCAAUCCUUUGUCUCUGCAAUCCAUACAUGGGGUGUACAUGUGAAAGGGCCUGUUUAUGUAUCAAGUUUCAGGCCACUCUCAAUAGCCAUUGCUGCUGCUACAGGUGUUAUUUUCCUUGGGGAUGAUCUUCAUCUUGGAAGUAUAAUUGGAGCAACGAUAAUAGCAAGUGGGUUUUACUCUAUAAUGUGGGGGAAAAUUAAAGAAGAGGACUUGAAGGGACAGGAUGAUUUCUCAAACUUGGAAUCUUCAUCCAAAGAUAAAGUUCCAUUGUUGAAAAGCUGUAAAGUUCAAGCUGACUAACCCAUUUUUGUGAAUAUAAAUGAAAACACUACUGUAAGUUUUUCAAUUUUUGGUUCUUUUGGGAAUUGAAUCAUCAUGUAUUCAAUUGUAGAUAGCAUAGGCAUUCAACCAAUAUUCUGUCAUGUAGAGUAAGUUUUGUGUAUAUUAUUGUUUCUUAUAAGUUUAAAGAAAGCCAUUCCAUAUCAGUAGUAUAUUUAUUUUAAAUUUUCAA